AUCAAAAUGCAAAGAGAAAUAGACAAUGACUCUGAAUCAGAAAAAGAAGUCAAGGAUUCCACCAUCAUGAGAAGAUAUCCCGGAAUAGUCUCUGAUAUUCCAGUGGUCCCUAAACUUGAGAUCCCAUUCUCAGUAAAGGACAUCAUCUCUAAGAUUGAGCAAGCACAGCUCCAUCGAGCCAGAGAGGACAUUCAUAUGCAGCUGGCUGACAUAAUGAACAAUGUGCAUCGGAUAAUAACUCGCUUUACUGCUGUCGAUCUUAACGCACCCUCUGGAAGGAGUAUCUCAAGUACAGAAUAUAAGAAAAAAUGGAGAACUGAUUUUUUGGAGAAAAUGGCUACUUAUGCUAAAACUGCUGAAAUUAGAGAAAAGACUCUUGCCUACAUUUUAGCUUGGUUGGAAAAAUGGAAUGUCAUUUUGUCUGAGAUGACUGUAAUUGACGUUGAUGAACACCACCACUGGAUAGCGCAGAUGGAGAUGUUACCAGACACAUUCAAAGCUAUUGAGAACAAUGUCAAGAUACUGACUAGAAUUAGUACAUCUUUGCUCGAAGAAAAGAAAAAACAAAAGAAAGAAAUAUUAUCUAGAAGUACUCUAUGGAAAUCUUGGAAAGAAAGAGUUAUAAAGCGACCUGCAACAGCCCGUGCUUUAAGACCAGAUCAGAUGAUUAGUGAUCAAUUUGCAACAGAUAAAAAGGUUUCAGAAAUCCAAGAUAUGCUACAGGAACUCAUAGGUACUGCAAUGUUCACUAAAUUGGAAAACCAUGCUAUUAAAUAUAUAUCAUCAACAAUAAUAAACCUUUCUAAAGCUUUGAGUGUGCUAAAUGAUGAAUUAAAAGUUACUAACUUUCAAAGUGUCAAUAUGGAUGCAGAUGAUACACGUGAAACAGAAAAAGAGCUCUUCCUGAGGAUAAUACAAGAUCUCAGUGAAGAAAAUGAAAUGCUUCAGAGGAAACUUCAAGAUGCAGAAGAAAAAUGUGAAAAACUUAUUCAAUCAAAAGUUGUUACAGCAUAUUCCACAUCAUCAGACUUGAAAGUGUUACCUGGGCUUUCUUCACAGUCAUCUAUGCCCAUUACCAAAGAUGGUGACACAGAGGACAGUGUGGACAGUAUGUUAGCCAAAGAAUUUGAAAAUAUUGAAGAUGAAGUCCCCCAAAGAGGGAUCAAAGUCUCUGGGAUAAAGUGGGACUCAGCUAUUUCAUAUAGAACUCAAGUGGAAAUGGCUCCAGAUUUAACUGAACAGCAAUACCCACUACCUGAAAAAAAACGGAAAAGGCCUUCUGAAGAUACUACUGAAGAUAUCACUGAAGCUAACAUAUCACUGAAGAAAGGUGAUGUCUUCCACUAUCAAUCACAGAAAAGAAGGCACCCAUAUGUACAUGAGAGUUCUGGAUCAAAUCUGAGUGAUAAUAAAGGUGAAUGGAAAGUCUCAGAGGCCAAACUUAAUCAAUACCCUGAACUACAAGCCCUGGAAAAGAAGAGAAAAGAAAUAAAGUUGUCUUCUGAAGACCAAUUGAAGUUAUUCACUGAAUCAAAAAGCCAACAUUUCCCUUCUCCUGAAACAAAGAGCCAAGGUGGCAAAAGUGGAACAAGUAGUAUGUGGGAGCAACUCAGGAAGCUCAAAACUGAAUAUGCAUUGGUCAAAAGCCCAAUUCCAUCAGAAACUAAAGUGGAACCCAUCACUGAGUCAAUGGACAAGGAGAGAAAAAGUGAAACGAGUAGAAUGAUCCAAUUUGAUUCUACCUCUAAGCCUCAAAAAGUAAAAAUUAAAGGACAGAAAUACCAAAUCUCUUCAGGAACUACCACAAGCAAAGAAAGAAAAAUUAAAGAGAAGGAAAUAUUAUCCUUCACCAAACAAGUCAAGUCUCAUCAACUUGUUAAAUCACAGUCAAGGAUAGCUAAAGAGACUUCAGAAUCUACCAGAGGUCCUGAAAGUCCAGAUGGCAAAAGUGAACAGAGUAACUUAGAAGAAUUUCAGAAUGCCAUAAUGGCUUUCCUAAAGGAGAAAAUUGAUAACGUAGGAAAACCUUUUGAUAAAAAGACUGUGCUGAAGGAGGAGGAAUUGUUAAAAAGAGCAGAGGUUGAAAAAUUAAGAACCAUAAAGGCAAAAAUGGAGGAAUAUUUCCAAAAAGUGGCUGAAACUGUGACUAAAACAUUGAAGAAAUACAAAUAUAUAAAAAAGGAAGGACAAGUUGGAGAGAAACCUAUGAAAACAAAAAAGGUAGUCCCAUUUACGCCAGGAUUGCAUUUUCAGAAGUCACCCAUUAGUUCAAAGUCUGAAAUUAGCACCUUCCUCUCAUCUGAGAGCACAGAUCCAAUAAUUAAUAAUUUAACACAAAUGAUCUUGGCUGAAAUAGAAAAUGAAACAGAUGUUCCAACAGUCUCGAUACUAGAGAAAGACGAUGAGGAAAAGGAAAGAGAACAGCAAGAGGAAUAUUUGAAAGAGGGUGAAGAAAAAAUGUCUGGCAUGAGUAUCAAACACCAGUUGCAAAAAGAAAAAAAUCUCUUGAAGAAGACCUAUAAAAUGAGAAAUAAGCAUAUGGGGAAGAAAACAGUCUGGCUCCAGAUGAAGGAGGGAGAGCAAGAACAACAGGAGCAGAAACAGUGGCAGGAAGAAGAGGUGUGGAAGGAACAGCAAAAACAGAGGAUUCCAAACUGGAUCGAGCAGGAUAAGAUGCAAAAGCAAAUGGAGAAGGAGGAAGAAGAGCAUCAGAAGCCAAAGCAGCAGCUAGAGGCAUGGGAGCAAAACAUGAAAGAGCAAGGGGUGCUUUUGGAGAAGGAGAACAGAGAGAAGAUGAGGCAGGUUCAGGAGGAGGUGACACAUCUGGAGCAGAACCUGAGAUGGGAGAAAGAAGAGGAGAAGCCCAGGACAAGGAGAGAGGAAGAGGACCUCACAAAGCAGCAACAGGACAAAGCAAAGAAACAGACAGAGAUUGAAGAGAAAAACCUUGAAGAACUAGCAAAACCGGUCACCCAAACUACAAUGACAUUAACUCCCAGGUGGAAGACAAUAUCAAAAGACAUAGUCCAGUUAUACCAAGGGGAAAAAUUUCAUAGGAAUCUGAAGACAUUAGAGAUUCUUCAGGAUGGAAGGCAGUCCAUACCAAUUUCCCCUCCCACGUCCACACAACUGUCCCCAACUGGGGCCCUUCCUAUACCUAGACAGCCUUUCACAAAGUACCUCACUCACACUCCUGAGCAGGCCCAGGACAUGGGGAUCACUCUCAUCCCUCAGCAGAUUCAGGCACAAGGAGUCACUCUCACCCCUCAGCAGGCCCAGGAACUGGGAAUUACUCUCACCCCUGAGCAGCUACAGGCUCAGGGGAUCACCCUUACUCCUCAGCAGGUCCAAGACUUGGGGAUCACUCCCACUACUCAGCAGAUUCAGGCUCAGGGGAUCACUCUCCCCCCUCAGCAGAUUCAAGCUCAGGGGAUCAUUCUUUCUCCUCAGCAGGCCCAGGACCUGGGGAUCUCUCUUACCCCUCAGCAAAUUCAGGCUCAGAGGAUCAGUCUCACCCCUCAGCAAGCUCAGGACCUGGGUAUCACUCUCACCCCCCAGCAGAUUCAGGCUGAGGGGGUCACUCUCACCCCUCAGCAGGCUCAGGACCUGGGUGUCACUCUCACCCCUCAGCAUGCCCAGGACCUGGGUAUUACUCUCACCCCUCAGCAGGCCCAGGACCUGGGGAUCACUCUCACCCCUCAGCAGAUUCAGGCUCAGGGGUUCACUCUCACCCCUCAGCAGGCCCAGGACCUGGGGAUCACUCUCACCCCUCAGCAGAUUCAGGCUCAGGGGGUCACUCUCACUCCUCAGCAGGCCCAGGACCUGGGGAUCACUAUCACCCUCACCCCUCAGCAGGCCCAGGCUCUGGGGAUCACUCUCACUCCUAAGCAGAUUCAGGCUCAGGUGGUCACUCUCACCCCUCAGCAGGCUCAGGACCUGGGUGUCACUCUCACCCCUCAGCAGAUUCAGGCUCAGGGAGUCACUCUCAACCCUCAGCAGGCCCAGGACCUGGGGAUCACUCUCACCCCUCAGCAGGCCCAGGACCUGGGUAUCACUCUCACCCCUCAGCAGAUUAAGGCUCAGGGGGUUACUCUCACCCCUCAUCAGGCCCAGGACCUGGGUAUCACUCUCACCCCUCAGCAGAUUCAGGCUCAGGGGGUCACUCUCAACCCUCAGCAGGCCCAGGACCUGGGGAUCACUCUCACCCCUCAGCAGAUUCAGGCUCAGGGGGUCACUCUCACCCCUCAGCAGAUUCAGGCUCAGGGGGUCACUCUCACCCCUCAGCCGGCCCAGGACCUGGGUAUCACUCUCACACCCCAGCAGAUUCAGGCUCAGGGGGUCACUCUUACCCCUCAGCAGGCCCAGGACCUGGGGAUCACUCUCACCCCUCAGCGGAUUCAGGCUCAGGAGAUCACCCUCACCCCUCAGCAGGCCCAGGAACUGGGGAUCACUCUCACUCCUAAGCAGAUUCAGGCUCAGGAGAUCACCCUCACCCCUCAGCAGGCCCAGGACCUGGGGAUCACUUUCACCCCCCAGCAGAUUCAGGCUCAGGGGGUCACUCUUACCCCUCAGCAGGCCCAGGACCUGGGGAUCACUCUCACCCCUCAGCAGAUUCAGGCUCAGGGGGUCACUCUCACCCCUCAGCAGGCCCAGGACCUGGGGAUCACUCUCACUCCUAAGCAGAUUCAGGCUCAGGGGGUCACUCUCACCCCUCAGCAGAUUCAGGCUCAGGGGAUCACCCUCACCCCUCAGCAGGCCCAGGAACUGGGGAUCACUUUCACCCCCCAGCAGAUUCAGGCUCAGGGGGUCACUCUUACCCCUCAGCAGGCCCAGGACCUGGGGAUCACUCUCACCCCUCAGCAGAUUCAGGCUCAGGGGGUCACUCUCACCCCUCAGCAGGCUCAAGCAAUGGGAGUCUCUAUCACCCCAAAAAAUGCCUGGUUGUCCGCUGCCACUAUAACACCUGAGCAAACCCAGGCUUUGGGGUCCCCUAUCACCUUAGAACAGGCUCAAGCACUGGGAGUUCCUUUCUCUCAAGAACAGCUCUGGAAAUUAGGUGUCCCUGUCUCCCCAGAUAAAGCCCAUUCUUUGGGAUCUCCCCUCACUCUUGAGCACGUCCAACCUUCUCUUAGACAAUUUCAGAAAGUGAAGGCUUCUCUCCCCACUGGGCAAUCCAUUACAUCAAGAUUAUCUCCAUCUGCUCCUACUGCUAAGUCCUCUAUAUUUGGGGUCUCUUCUACUCCUUUGCAGAUAUCAAGGCCUUCUCUCACCCAAGCCCCCUUUGCCCCUGAAAUAUCCCUGGGAUUGGGGAUUCCUUCUGACUCUGGGAAGCUCCUGGUACCACAGACCCUUCCUUCUUCUAGACAGACUGUGGUCUAUAGAGGUCGAUCCACUCAUGAGCAGUUUCUAGCAACAGAGGUCCCUCCCACCCCUGGGCAGCUCCCAAUAUCUGGGGCUACUCCCACGCUAGUCCCUCUUGCCCCCAGGCAGCCUCUCAUAUCUGGAGUCCCAUCCAUCUCCGGACAGAUUCCCAGUCUCUGGGCUCCUCUCUCUCCUGGGCAGCCCUUGGUUCCUGGAGCCUCUUCCAUCCCUGGAGAGCUCCUAGAAUCUGGACUCUCAACCUUCUCUGAGCAGUCCCAGGCAUUCCAGCCUCCUGCCACCCCUGAGCAAUCUCCCUAUCUGCAGGCUCCUUCUAUCUUUAAGCAGCAUCUGGCACCGCGGACCCUUCCCAGGCAAGCUUCCUCAUUAUGGAUCCCUCCUAUCCCUAUGCAUUCCCCCAUACUAUGGGCCUCCCCAGUCUCUGGAAAGCCCCAGAAAGGUUUGUCCUCUUCCAUCACCAGCAAAAGAUUGGCAGUUAUUUCCCAGAAAUCUAAAUCAGCAUUGGCCCAUCCCAGAGCUCCAGAUUUUGAGGUAUCUCAAGCUCCUUUCACCACUAAGAAGUUUCAAAUGCCAGGGGUCUCUGACACUUCUGAAGAAACCAAGCUGCUACGAGAAACUUUUGCCAUGGAAGCAUUUAAAACACUUCAGCCCCAUCUCAUGGAUUACAGGACACCAACAUUACAAACCCCUUAUAUUGAUGAAGGGGCCCUUUCCACUCUCAUGAAGCCUAUAACAUCAUUACCUUCUCUUACUACUCAACUACCCCAAACAUCACAAAUCUCACCCUCUGAAUGGGACCAGAUAUCCCGAUUCCCCCCUAUAGGGAAGCCCUGGAUAUUGACUUCAGUUUCAGGUAUCAAGAAACCCAAGAUGAUGGUGCCCCCUAUCUCUCUCCAAGAUCUUGAAGAGAAGAGGUAUCUUGUUGAUGUUCAGGCUCAGAGGAAUAACCUGAUACUAUUAAAUUGGGCCACAAAAACUUUUGGACUCCCUUCACAGCUACAUACAACAGCUAGAAAUCUCAUAAUCGAGACACUUCACAUGGACACAAUUCGACUGGGGUACCUAUUCCACAAGUACAUUGCCUUUAGGUUGAUCCAGCAUGCCAGAAACAACAUAAUCAAACGAAUAAAAGCCAUUGAAAACACGGGUAAAGGUUAUGAGACCCAGAACCUCUACAUAAUGCUGAGCAGAAUUGACAACUACCAGAAAAAGGUGAUGCAGGUCUGGACUGAGAAGCAGAAGUCUUUAGAGCAGAAACGGAACCAGUGCCUGAGGAAAAUAACACACUUAUUUAGCCAGCUCCAAGAGAUGUAUAAAUUGAAUCUUAGUCAACCUAUCCCCUUGAUCAUCGACAAAAAACAUACACCUGCCUCUACCAAAUUUGUUCAAUGGCCACUCCUAGAGGACAGAAAAUCUGACAUAUUCAAGAAAUCUAGACAAGAAGACCAGACGGAGGCAAUCUGGAAUGCUGAUCUGUCCACUUCAAGUUAUCCAAUAGCAGAAAAGACAUCAAUACAUUCACAUUGGGCCAAGCUUGGUGGGUACCCAGACGUUCCUAGGCUGCUCCAGUUAGAUGUUCAGUCUACCUUCAGAAAAUCUCUUGCAUCCAUGCAAUCACGGUAA